AUGUUCACUCGUCGCCAGCUCUUGAACACGACCUCAGCCGUGCGCAUUGGUCGGUGUACAUUCACGAAGCGCACGAUGUCAUCCCUUGAUGUCCAUCCAAAUGAAGUCACAAAACCUGAGAACUUCCAACUCGUCAUCGUGGGCACGGGCUGGGCCGGGUACCAAAUGCUCACGCAAUGUCGGAAACACCUCGUCGAUAUUGAAGAAAACGUUGGUCGACCGGUUGACCUCGUCGUCGUAUCGAAACGCAACCACUUCCUUUACACGCCGUUACUGGCUAGCACGACCGUCGGAACGUUGGAGCCCCGCUCGAUAAUCGAGCCGCUUCGGGACAGUAUGUUCAGUCACGAGAGCGACUUUCACUUUGCCAACGUACGGAAUGUCAACCCCGAGCUCAAAGUCCUGAAUGUCGAGUCGGCUGUCACCGCUGAGAGCCGCGAUGGUAAAUACGACGUGAAGUACGAUGCCUUGGUGCUAGCAUGCGGCUCCAAUCCACUGACGUUCGGAUUGCCUGGCGUGGACCAGCACGCUUUCUUUCUUAAAGAGAUUCACCACGCGCAGAAGAUUCGCAAUCGCAUUCUUGAGAACUUUGAAAUUGCUACUCAGCCGAAUGUGACCCUUGAAGAGAAGCAGCGCUUGCUGCAUUUCGUCGUGGUUGGUGGCGGACCCACAGGAAUUGAGUUCUGUGCUGAGUUGUACGAUCUGGUGCAGCAGGACCUAGUACACAAGUACCCACAGACGUCCAAGCAUCUGGGCGUGACGCUGGUGGACUCGUGCGAGAUACUGAACGGAUUUGAUAAACACUUGCGUACUGUGGCCAUGCGUAAGAUCCAGAAACGCGACACGAUGGAUAUUGUCAAAAAGAACUGUAUCGAAGUCACUGCAGACGGUGUUAUAGUGGAGGGUGGCGAGAAGAUUCCGGCUGGUCUUGUUGUAUGGACUGCAGGUGUCGGCCCAAACGAACUUACCAAGGCUCUGACGGUAUUUGACAAGAGUGACCGUGGCAAUAUCCUGACCAACCAGUACUGCCAGGUCUUGGGUGCUGCGGAAGUUGAAGAGAAAUCUCCAUGGGGAAUGCCGCGGCGCUCGAAUGUAUUUGCAAUCGGUGACUGCGCUGAGAUCUUGGACUACCCACUGCCGGCGACGGCCCAGAAAGCGGAGACUCAGGCGAACUACCUUCUUUCGCUCUUUCGCGGUAAGAAUGUGGCACCAGCGAAACCGUACGCCUUUCGUAGCAAAGGCAUGAUGGCGUACUUGGGCUCGUACGAAGGACUUUUUGAGGCUCACCCCCGUGACGACGACAACAUCACGCUCAGUGGAUGGAAGGCAUGGUUUCUGUGGCGUAGUGCGUAUCUGACGAAGCUGGGAAGUUGGCGUCUCCGGGUGCAGGUGCCUCUGGACUGGCUCAAGGCGAUCGUUGUUGGCCGUGACGUGUCCAAGUUCUAA